AUGGCGCCGCGCGCCGCCGCCGCGCUGGUGGCCCUGGCCGGCGGCGCGCUGCGGGCGGGAGGGCUGCAGCAGUCGCCGCCCGCGCACGAGCCCGCGGCCGGGCGGGCCGCCGAGCGGCCGCGAGGGGAGGCCACGGUGAUGGCCCUGGCCGCGUACGCGCACUCCUCGGACGUCUCCCGGUUCCCCCUCGCCUUCGUGAACUCCCUGCGCGGCGCGGGCUUCGCCGGGAAGAUCGUCGUGGGCAUGUGGGAGAACACCACGGACCAGACGGACUUCCUGCGGCGGGCGGCGGUGACCCCGAAGUACAUCCGCCAGGCGCCGUGCCAGCUGCGGUACUCGGAGGACGCCGUGGGCAAGCUGAAUCCGGGCUACGUCACCCGCAACGUCUGCACGGAGGACUUCCCCCACCUCAAGCUGGACAACGCCCGGUGGGUCUACGGCCUCCGAUGGCUCGAGGAGUGCCCCACCUGCAGCGACUGGGUCAUGUACGCGGACUUCGGGGACAUCCCCGGGGGGGGGGCAGAACCCCUUCGACCUCCUGCCGCGCGCGGACUCGGUCGCCCCCGAGACGGUCUACCUGACCGAGGAGAUGCGGCCCCGCACCGACGGGCACGGCAGGCUGCGGGGCGUCAGCACCAGCAACUGGCUGGUCCAGCCGGCCGUCAUGAAGUGCUUCGGCCGGCUGCCCGGGCUGGAGAUCACGUCGGCAGGAAGCCCAUGCUCAACAUCGCCACCACCUUCGGCACCCGCGCCGGCAUGCUUCGCUGGCUCGGGAGGCUGGCCGAGGAGUUCGAGAACAUCUCGCACAGGAUAGAGUGCGACCCUGUAGUCAUCUCGAAGAGCGGCGUUUUGAACCAUUUGUUCUACAACGAGAAAGCCAUGCCUUACGCGACGCCGAUGAAGUACGGCGAGUGGAUUGUCAACACCAUGGGCAUGCCGUGUUCCAACGCGCACGGAUACGAGCCAGGCAGUUCUAUGCGUGAUUUGGCGAUCAUCGAUUCUGCAGGGCUUGUGUGGAACGAGGAUGGUACACUGCCAGCGGUCAUCCACCAGGGCAAGGUCUGCUGGGAGAACUACAUUGUCCCCCACGUCGCCUAUAAUUUUAGCGGGACUGGCAACUCAAGCACCUACGCUGCCACACUCUCGAAAAUGCGCAGAAGUGCGGCGUUUCCAGGCCGACGUCAAGCCGCAGCUAGAGGGCCAACCACCACACGCUGCCGCACCACCUCUCGGUGGACGACUCCCCAUCCCCAGAAGGGGCACCAGGCAGGCGUGCGUGCGUUGCCGAGCUUCCCCACUUCCCCCGGCGGGGAGCGGCUCCGCGCCGCCCCGCCGGGGUGGGUGCCGCUGACGCGCUGA